CAGGAGCCAACAUGGCGGCGGAGCGCAAGACGAAGUUGUCCAAGAACCUGCUGCGCAUGAAGUUACCUUAACUGCCCUGUAGAGACUACAUUGGUGAAAGAAAGACCUGACAAGGGACAAAAUUGCAGUCGGAAGGACCAAACAAGAAGCUCUGAUGAUCUGGUUGCAAUGGCAGCGGGAAUGGAGAGAAUUAUAACAGUUGAGAGUCUUCUUUGACUUCUCAUUUAUAAUCAGAGCAGUGGAGUGGAUUGGCAAAGCAGUUCAUGCAAAGGGGACUGGACUCAGAGACCAAGAGACAACUAGAAGAGGAAGAAAAGAAAAUCAUUAGUGAAGAGCACUGGUACUUGGAUUUGCCAGAGCUUAAAGAAAAGGAGUGUUUCAUAAUAGAAGAGCAGAGCUUCUUGUUAUGUGAAGACCUUCUCUAUGGAAGAAUGUCAUUCAGAGGAUUUAAUCCUGAGGUUGAGAAAUUAAUGCUUCAGAUGAACUCCAAGAACAAAACAGAGGAAGUUGAAGGUGAAACAGUGGAGCUCGAUGUAUCAGAUGAAGAAAUGGCUAGAAGAUAUGAGACCUUGGUGGGGACAAUUGGAAAAAAGUUUGCCAAAAAAAGAGACCGGGUCAACUAUGAAGAAGAUGAAAAUGGAUACGUAAAACCAACAAUUAAAGUAAAGAAGAUGUUCUUAAAGCCCCAGGAUUGAAGUGGAUGCUUUAAGACAGAGCUCAGGGGUGCCUCAUGAGGGUUAGUGUAUUGUGGAACUCAUUCUGAUGGCUUCUCUGUAGUUAUUCAAACUGUGAUGUUUACAUGUAAAGAGGUGGAUAAUGUUGGGAACAUUCCAUUUUUGAAACAGAUACGUGGUGGAUGUUAUACAUCCUUUGUUUCAUGGUGUUCAUCAAGAAUGGAUUCUUAGCCUUCGAGUUUCAAAUGUAUAUAGGGAUGUGGCUGCUUCCUAAAGACUUUUUGACUUAAGAUUUUUUUUUUAAUGGAGCUCUCGUCACUGACCUUGAAUUGGCACAUAUAAAUUAAACCAGUGUUUAAGUUGCCCUUAUGUUUCUAUUUUACUUUAAAUUAUGAAUCAUGCCAAGCCAAUGUAUACAUACAUUCUGGAAUCAAACAUAAUGAGGGUUUAUUAUAUAUAGAUUCAUCAAGAGCAAACAUGCCUCUCCAGCCUACUGUACUUGCAUGCUACCGAGUCAUUGUUGGUUUGUGGAAUUAUUGGUUUUUGUUUAAAGCUUUUACUUAAUAAAAAAAAAUUAUUCUCUAAUAAA